UCAAAAUGACUUCAUAAAGUCCCGCUGUCAAAAUUGUCUACGAAACGAAUAUAAAUUUAAUUUUUUUCUGGAACUACACCAUGAAGCUAGAAUGAGCGAUAAUAGUUGCCACCCAUGCAGUGAGAUUCCGAAUAUUGGGUCGUACAUACCCUCGGCACACAUCAAUCCUCUAAAUUUCAAUAUUGACUCAAUGCAAAAGAAACUGCUAGAUACCCUCUACUCGGUGAGAGCCCCCAUUGUCGAUUACCAGGAAUCCAGAGGCGUAUCCAGAAAUGAACAAAUCACCUUCAUCAGUUUAUUAACAUCGUUAUGUACGCAUGCGUACACGGCGGCCAUAACGAUAUUGGUGAUGUUGUGGAAUCUGGCGCCUCUGCUGGACGGGUUCGUGUACUUCACGCGCUUCGCCUUGGACAAAAUGAUCGACGUCCUGGAAACCGAUGAUCCGAAGGAGAAGGCCCUCAAGGCCGCCAUGUUUACCGGCGAAAUUAUAGUGAUAUGCUUCCUUAUGUUUAUGAUAGUAGGACUAAUAUUUUUGCCGGUGUUCGUGCUCAUCUCGAAGAUAUUUAGCAAAAUUUGGACGAUGAUAGCUUGGUAAACUGAACAAUAUAUUUUAUUUAUAC